AUGAAGCUCGAGGCUAUGACGACGUGGGUGACACCUGCUUCGGUCGCUCUGUCCUGCGUGGCGGUGCUGCUCGUGUACUUGGCGACACCGUCUGCCCAUGACCGAGCUCUGAAGCACCUACCGACGCCAGAGGGAGACUAUCCGAUCCUUCGCCAUACUUUGGAGAUUAUCAAGGCGCAGAGAUCGGGGAAUUUUAUCGACUGGGCUCUUAAGUACUGCCGCAAGUAUGAGGGCAAGCCAUGGAGUCUACGGGUCGUGGGGAAAUACCCGGCGAUCGUACUCUGCUGUCCUGAAGCGUUCGAGGAUAUUCAGAAGACGCAGUUCGACGCGUUUGACAAGAGCCCGCUUGUCUCGGAAGCCUUGUACGACGUGCUGGGUCAAGGGAUCUUUGCUGUCAGUGGGCCACUAUGGCAGCACCAACGCAAGACUGCGAGCCACUUGUUCACCGCGCAAAUGAUGCAGUACGCAAUGGAAGUUGUUGUGCCUGAAAAGGGCGAACAAUUGGUGAAGCGACUUGACGGGAUUUGUCUUCAGGAAAAGGAAAGUGAGAGAGUUGUGAACAUCAAGCGGCUCUUGGACUUGUACACUAUGGACAUCUUUGCCAAGGUCGGGUUUGAUGUGGAUCUCCAUGGCGUCGGGUCGAACCAGAACGCAGAGCUGCUCGAUUCAUUCGGGCGAAUGUCUGCGCAGUUGCUGAAGCGGAUCCAGCAGCCAAUGUGGACUUGGAAGCUACUGCGCUGGCUUAACGUUGGCGCCGAGAAGCAACUGGCUGAAGACGUCAAGGCAGUGGACGAUCUGGUGUACGGGGUGAUCUCUCGCUCGAUUGAGGAGAAGAAUCGACAGGGGGCGAAAGAAACCGCUCGAAAAGACCUCAUCACGUUGUUUAUUGAGAAGUCUGAGGUUGAGUACACCAAGGGUGUGCACACGAAGAAGGACCAUAAGUUGAUGCGCGACUUCGUCAUCAGCUUCCUAGCAGCUGGACGGGAGACGACGGCGACGACCAUGGCGUGGGUUAUCUUGAUGCUGAAUAGAUACUCCAAGGUGUUGAAGCACGUCCGACAAGAGAUCAAAGACAAACUUCCAGACCUCGCGAGUGGCAAAAUUCACUCUCCAAAACUGGAGGACAUUCAGCAGCUCGUCUACCUAGAAGCUGUUGUCCGAGAGACACUAAGACUCUUCCCCGUUGUUGCUGUGUCUGGACGCUCCGCUACGAGGGAUGUGCGUCUCUACGAGGGCACGUUCAUCAAGGCAGGGACGCGAAUCGUACUGCCUCACUACUGUUUGGGGCGGAUGACGACUGUAUGGGGUCCUGAUGCCGACGAAUUCAAACCGGAACGCUGGAUUGACUCCGUUUCGGGGAAGAUCAAGGUGGUGUCGCCUUUCAAGUUCAGUGUUUUCUUCGGUGGGCCUCGCAUUUGUCUGGGUAUGAAGUUUGCGCUGGCAGAGGUGAAAAUCACACUUGCCAAGCUCUUGAGUCAGUUCGACUUUAAGACGGUGAAAGACCCUUUCGACUUUACUUAUCGCCCGUCGAUUACGCUGCAGAUCAAAGGCCCUCUCGACGUCGUCGUGUCACGACUCAACGUUUGA